UAUUAUUUCAAAGUUUGGUCACACCCAAUUCUUAUUCACCACUUUUCUUCGUUUAAAAAUUCCUUUAAACCCCACAACAACCGUCUCCCACCACCGUAAACCACCACCAAAACAACACUUUCCGGCAACAAAACCACACCUUUCGGCAACAAAACCACACCUUUCGGCAACAAACCACUAACCGCCGCAUUCAACUCCGUCAGAUCUAACGAUUCACCCACACAAUCAACCUCAUGGACUCGCCGGAGCCUCGCCGGAAACUGAAAACCUUCAAACUCCGUGAUGACGUCAUCUCGGAGCAUCGCCGGAAACUGAAAACCGUUAAACUGUCACCCCUCCGUCAGUUUCCAACCGUAAGAUCUGUUUUUUACUUCUUCUGUUUCUUCUUAUUCUUCUUUAUAAUAUUCCGGCGACACCCCACGACGUCGUUUCAACGCGUUGUGGAGCUUUCCAGAUUCUCCAAACUCUCUACUUACAAAUUUGACUCGGUUAGGGUAUUAUCGAAGUUUAACGAGUUGACUCAGUUUAAAAUAGAAUCUAGGGUUUCGUUUCCCGAUCACAUAUUGUUAAUCGGAACUACAAUCGAUGCUGCAGUUAGAAAUUCAAAUCAAUUCGAAUGUGUUUACAGAAGCAAUUUUUCGAAUUUAGAUCUCGGCGAUGACGUCAUCAAGGGUGCGAAUGAUGAUGGUGAUGACGUCAUCAAGGGGAUGAAUGUGUUGUCGGUGGAUGAGUAUAGUGAUAACCGGUUGUUAGUUCGGUGUGCUCUUCCGCCGGUUAACUUCUCGGCUCCGGUCGGGAUAAGGAGGCGCGGUUUAACCAGUUUAACGGUCGGUUUAGCGGACGAUAAGCCGUUGAAUACGUGGGAGAAUUUGGCGUAUGAGGCGGUGUUGGAUGGAAACACCGCGGUUGUUUUCGUUAAAGGGAUCAGUCAUAGACAGGGUAAAGAAUCGGACCCGAGGCAAUUCAGAUGUCAUUUCGGGUUGGGGGAGUAUAUGAUCACUUCAAGAGCGGUCACCGCAGCUCAAGAAGUGGUGCGGUGUGCGUUGCCGAGGAGUAUGGUUAUGCGUCCGGAGAAAGCCCGUGGGGUUCGGACCACGGUUAGUUUUCGAAUGCCUCGGGUUCAUGGGCGGGUUAACCAUGUUCUUGUCCCGUCUGUAGCCAAGAUACCGGGUUCUGUAUUCAGCCCGAAAGUGAAAAAGCACGAGCUUUGUGUUUGCACCAUGUUGUGGAAUCAAGCCCAUUCUAUACGCGAGUGGAUAACAUACCAUUCGUGGCUUGGUGUCGAGAAAUGGUUCGUUUAUGAUAAUAACAGUGAUGAUGAAAUCAAGACAGUGAUCGAGGAUCUUGAUUUUGAGGGUUAUAAUGUUAGUCGACACGUUUGGCCGUGGAUCAAGACUCAAGAAGCCGGGUUCUCACAUUGUGCUAUCCGGGCUCAAAGCGAAUGUAACUGGGUUUCUUUCAUGGAUGUAGACGAGUUCUAUUACUUCCCGUACAACCCGGUAUCCGGGUUCCCAGGCCAGGGUUCACUCCGAACACUGGUUUCAAAUUUCACCACAUCGUCGUCAAUCGGGGAGAUUAGAACAUCUUGUCAUAGUUUCGGGCCUUCGGGUUUAACCUCCCGGCCCAAACAAGGAGUCACAGUUGGGUACACUUGCAGACUACAAAGCCCGGAAAGGCACAAGUCGAUCAUCCGACCGGAUGCACUCGACACGAACCUAAUGAACGUGGUGCACCAUUUCCAUUUACGGAAAGGGUUCACGUUCAUCGAUUUGCCUCAAAAUACCGCAAUCAUCAACCACUAUAAGUACCAAGUAUGGGAGGUUUUUCGGGCAAAGUUUUAUAGACGGGUGGCUACUUAUGUAGCUGAUUGGAAGGAUAACCAGAACGAAGGGUCGAGAGACCGAGCACCUGGUUUGGGGACAGAGCCAAUCGAACCGCCUGACUGGAGGCUGCAGUUCUGUGAGGUAUGGGACACUGGGUUAAGGGACUUUGUUUUGGCUAACUUGGGUGAUGUUACUACUGGAGUUUUGCCAUGGGAUAGAUCUAUGUGACAUACUAUGAGGUAUACAGAUAUUUGAUUGAUUGAUUCUUUGGACCGAGCUAUCGUAUUUCGAAUCAUUGCGCUCGGGAUUUCGUAUCUGAUGAUAGUUACAUUGUUUUUGUAAGUAUGAAAAUGGGCUGUUUUGGUGAUAGUUGUACGUUAUAUGAUACUUUUUUCUUGUGACACUGAAGGAAUUUCCUGCUUGUAUAUUCUUUUUAUAUUGGCUCUUUGGCUUGUAUGUAACCAUGUUGUAUGAA